GCGCAACAGAAUCCAACCACGAUGACGCCGUGACAAGUGCUAAGUGUAAUAACCUACGCGCCGUGUCGGUUUAGUAUCUCCUCCUUUCGUUCGGUAAGAUACGGUGUGCUUUCAAUGCCACCACAUUUGAAAGUACCGCGCAUAUGGACUUGUAGAUCAUUUCGGUCGAACAUCACUUAACAGAGCGCGCCACGCGUCCGUGCAGAUCGCGUGUCUAGAAUCGCAAGGCAAAUCAUGCUUUCGGAAAGAGUGUUAUCGCCGAGCUUACCUUUCAUGGGAAAACUUCCGGGAGUAAUGCAACCAGCCAGUCGCAUUCGCAUCCGUGGUUCAAUUAGCAUUCCCAACGGAGAUUGCCGGAUACAGCUGCAAAGCGGAGAUUCGUUGAGUCCGAUGGAUGACGUUGCAUUACAGCUCAGUAUUCUCCCGGCCACUCGAGAAGUACUACGUAACAGUCACUGGGCCGGUCAAUGGGGCCAAGAGGAACGUAUCGUAAACAGUCCCAUCAAUUUCGAAGAAGAAUUUGAUUUGGUCAUAGAAGCGAACACGAAAGGUUUCAUGGUGGAAAUCGGUGGCAGCACACUAGCUACCUUCCCACACCGUUGUCCGGUACAAAUUGUGCAGUUUAUUUUCAUUACUGGCGGUUGCGUGAUUCGUGCUGUGAUUUAUGAAAAUUGGAAUACCAUGCCUACAAAAGCGACCAGCGUGCUUCCAAGUGCCCCAAUUUACAAUGGAUUCUUGCCAUCUCAAACAACACCACUGCCCCCCUUCCAAAUACCAUCAUGGCCACAUGGAAGUUCGCAGUAUUUCUCCCCGUCACCAGUGGUGUACUCACAUGUCCCUCCGCCUGCGUAUAAUCCUGCGAUGUUCUUCCAGCAUCCCUUCGCAGUUAACAUUCCCAGCGUCGUGCAAAAGAGCGUCGAGAGCGCGUCUACAUUACAGCAUAAAAUUUUUAUCGCAAUACUAUGGAAAAUUUGCUGCAUUCUGCUGAAAACCAUCAAAUUCAUUCUUUUUGUAUCGAUAUGUGGACUCGGAUUGUACAUUCUAUCCAGGCGAUUGCGUUUGUGACGAUGGACGUAUGACCGGAUCAUGAAUCGUAAUCACCAGAAUUGACCGUCAGGAAGGAUUCGCUGUAAGUUUUCCGGGAACCAUCUACUGUGAGCAACUUCCCUACGAUCACACUCCUGGUUCUGGCCAGUACGGAACACAGUUGGACUGUCUGAGGGAAGCAAUCAUCCGAAAACGUCCAGCUUUGGACAAUAGAAGAGUAAUUGCAACAAAAAUUAGCACAAUACCAUCAAGUUUUAUCAAUAAAAUUAAUCUGUUUGCUUCGACUAUACCGGUAUUAAAGUGAUCUGGCUCCCGGCGAACAUUUCCUUUUGAC